UGUGUCACACUUCAAGGAUAUAUAGUUUUUAUUGCCGACAACCCGAAACGGAAGUCUUUACUUCAACAAGUUUCGGCAUUAAUGACGCUUGGUUCCGGGAUGUAUUCGUAGAAGACUACUAGUUAGAAUUGGUUUGUACAGAAAGAAAAAAUAGAUUGAGCUUUGAAGAAGAAUUAAUUUAAGUUGGAGUUGGAACCUGAGUGCGACUGAUCAGAUAACUAUGGGAUUUGGGUUCUGGCAGAGACAUAUUGUUGCCGUUCUUGCCGGCAUUUUCUUCUUUCAUGGCUUCUGCAACUCACAACAAGACGACCCAGAUUACAGCUUCGUCCAGCAAGCAACGUCAGCCCCCAUCAUAUCAUACUACGACUACAUCAUAGUGGGAGGAGGAACUUCGGGCUGUCCGCUGGCGGCCACCCUCUCCCAGAACUCAAGUGUGCUGUUAAUUGAAAGAGGAGGUUCUCCUUAUGGGAACCAAAACAUCAGCAACUUAGCUUCCUUUGCACGUACACUGUCGGACUACUCACCAUGGUCGCCGGCACAACAUUUCAUGUCCGAGGACGGUGUCCCCAAUGCGCGUGCGCGGGUCUUGGGCGGAGGAAGCUGCUUGAAUGCCGGAUUCUACACACGAGCUGGCACAGACUACGUGAAGGAAGCCGGUUGGGAUGGUAAUCUUGUAAACCAGUCCUACCAAUGGGUGGAGAAGGUGGUGGCGUUCGAACCGCCGAUGUUGCAGUGGCAAUCGGCGGUUAGAGAUGGACUGCUUGAAACUGGAAUCACACCUUACAAUGGAUUCACAUACGAUCACAUGUACGGGACCAAGGUAGGUGGAACCAUCUUCGACCGGCAGGGACAUCGGCACUCGGCUGCCGAUUUGCUCAAGUAUGCCAACCCCAAAGGCCUCACUGUUCUUCUAAGCGCCACCGUCCACAGGGUCUUGUUUAAGAUCAAAGGGGAAGCAAGACCAACAGCCCAUGGUGUGAUGUUCAGAGAUGCGGCGGGAGUGAUGCACAGAGCAUACCUGAAUAAGGGCUCAAAGAAUGAGAUCAUCCUAUCAGCCGGUGCACUGGGCAGCCCUCAGCUACUGAUGCUAAGUGGGGUGGGACCAGCUGAGCACCUUAGGUCCCACAACAUCACUGUGGUGGUGGACCAGCCCAUGGUGGGCCAAGGAAUGUCAGACAAUCCCAUGAACGCCAUCUACGUCCCCUCGCCUAACCCUGUUGAGGUCUCCCUCAUUCAAGUGGUCGGCAUUACCCGGUUGGGAACCUACAUCGAAGCGUCUAGUGGUUCCAACUUCGCUUCUCAGACCCCUCCAAGAAACUUCGGAAUGUUUUCACCUCAGACUGGUCAGCUCUCUGUUGUGCCUCCCAAGCAGAGAACUCCAGAAGCCAUAGCCAAAGCAGUGGAAGCCAUGAACGCUCUUCCGGAUGAAGCUUUCAGAGGGGGAUUCCUCCUUGAGAAAAUCAUCGGUCCUAUCUCAACUGGUCAUCUUGAGCUUCGGAAUAGGAACCCAUAUGACAACCCUUCUGUUACCUUCAACUACUUCAAGGACCCCGAGGACCUAAGGAGGUGUGUUGAUGGCAUAAAUACCAUCAAGAAGGUGAUUGAAAGCAAAGCAUUCUCCAGGUUUAGGUACCCAUACAUCUCUCUGGAAGCCCUUAUCAACAUGACGACCAAUUUUCCGGUGAACUUGCUGCCCCGGCACGACAAUGAUUCUACAUCCAUGGAGCAGUUUUGCAAGGACACAGUGAUGACCAUAUGGCACUAUCAUGGGGGCUGCCAGGUUGGUAGGGUGGUGGAUCAGGAUUAUAGGGUUCUCGGUGUGGAUGCUCUUCGGGUCAUCGAUGGUUCCACCUUCAAUUACUCUCCCGGUACCAAUCCUCAGGCCACUGUUAUGAUGCUUGGAAGGUACAUGGGUGUGAGGAUUCUAAACGAGAGGCUUGCAACGGAAGGAUCCAAGUGAAAAAAAAAAUGUAAUGGAAUAAUUUUAUUGGUGCCAUUAAUGGAUCUUUGGGUGUGUUUGGGUGAGAUGUAACGGAAUAAUUUGAAGAAGCUCUUCUACAUUCUUUCAAAGUAUAUUGAGUUACUCAACUGAUACUGGUAAUAAAAGAUGGGCCAUUUAACAUUAA